UUUGCUACCAUGCAUGACAUCUGAUAUCCGUCGUGUAUAUUGCAGUGCAUAUUUGAAAAGAGUUAACAUGGCCGAUGUCGCAAAUUUUGUAAUAAUCCCUAAAAUGGUCCCGCAUAUAUUUUGCGUUGUCUUGUUAUGCAGUCCAUCACUGUCAAGGAACGUCCCUCGCUUCAGUGAUCUCGAUGAAGAAGACCAACAUUUAUUCAGAGCUGCAUAUGAUACGCCAUCUUAUGAUAAUGAGGAAUACCAAGAAGAAGAGGAUUUUUCAUUAGGCAAGCUGGAUUUGCUUAAAAAUGGCAUGUGGGCUAUCAAGGCAAAACUAAAAGAGUUAAAAGCUUUUGAUAAGGCUUUGGCUGCGAACAUGUUAUCCACAAAGCUGAAAUUAAAGGAAUUAAUAGAAAAUCAUUUGCUACCCCUAAAGAAGCAUAAAGAAACAAUAGAAAAGAAGAAACCGUAUUACAAUUAUCAGAUUCCAACGUACCCCCCAUAUGAGCCACAAUAUAAUGGACCACAUUACGGACCUCCUCCACAUGGCCACGACCCCUACUAUGGACAUUGAACGUUUAAUACCUACAAUAUAAAUUAUCUCAACUUUCUCUGAGAAAAGAAAGGGAAACAUAUAUUUUUACUGAAUUAAUGUUAUAAGUAAAAUUGAUUUAAUUAUAUAUCACUAUAAUAUAG